UCUGAAUCCAAAAGCCAACCGCACUCGCCAAUGUCGUCCGAAAUCCCGAACGCAGCUCGCUUUGCCUCCAAGGUCGACAACUACGUCAAGUACCGCCCGUCGUAUCCCGUCGAGGUGGUGCGUCAUCUCGAGUCGAUUGGCGCCCUGCCGGCGGGUGCCGUCGUUGUCGAUCUGGGUGCCGGAACGGGCAUUUCCGCCAAGCUUCUGCUCUCGAACAGCGCCAACAUUGCCAAGCUGUUUGCCGUCGAGCCGAGUGCCAACAUGCGUGCUGCGGCCGAGGCGUCGCUGGCGGACGAGACUGCCGCUGGCCGAGUCGCCUUUGUCGACGGCUCUGCGCACGCCACGACGCUGCCCGACGCAUCCGCGGACUUGAUUGUGGCGUUCCAAGCCAUGCACUGGUUUGAUCCGGCGCAGACCCGGGCCGAGCUGCUGCGGAUUGCAAAGCCCGGCGCCUACCUCGCUGCAGUCUGGAACCACCGCUUCACCGAGAACAAUCCGCUCAACGCCGACCUCGACCAGCUGCUCGUGAAGCAUGCAGUCGACUACGCCAAGGUCUCCCACGGCGCCUUGGAAGAGCACAAGUUGCCUGCUUUCUUUGGCCCGGGCGAGAUCAAGUGCUUCAAGAGCUCCAACUCGCAAACGUUUGAUGAGGAAGGAUUUCUUCGCCGCCAAGAGUCGUCGUCGUACUUCCCGGCUCCGACGCAUCCCAACUACGACGGUGCAGUUGCCGCUGUGCGCGCAUUGUACGCAAAGUACAAGGACGCUGAAGGCAAGAUUACGCUCGUGUACGAGACGCGCGCCUACUACGCCAAGGUUCAUUCGCAGUAACAACGUAACAAAGCAGGCUCGCCCCUGCGUUUCCGAUCGGCCUCAAAACAAGGAUAGAUGCGUCAUUGGAUAUUUUGUGUGAUAGAUUCUAUUGAUUGCAGUGAGCUUCGGGGAAGCGCUCACGUUCGACUGCUUGUGGAUUUCAAAUUCGAUGAACGAAUAGACUCAAAUCUCGUUGUUCUCUC